AUGAGGUUUAAGCCCGAGAACGCCGGGGGAGAGCUCAAGGAUGGGCAGCACCACUACGAGGGGGCCGUGGUGAUCCUGGACGCGGGGGCGCAGUACGGGAAGGUCAUCGACCGGCGCGUCCGGGAGCUCUUCGUCCAGUCCGAGAUCUUCCCGCUGGAGACGCCCGCCUUCGCCAUCCGGGAGCAGGGAUUCCGAGCUAUCAUCAUAUCUGGAGGACCAAACUCUGUGUAUGCAGAAGAUGCACCAUGGUUUGACCCAGCCAUCUUUACAAUAGGAAAACCAGUGCUUGGAAUCUGCUAUGGAAUGCAGAUGAUGAAUAAGGUGUUUGGAGGCACAGUGCACAAGAAGAGUGUGAGAGAAGAUGGGGUGUUCAGCAUUACCCUGGAUAACACAUGUUCACUCUUCAGGGGCCUUCAGAAGGAAGAGCUUGUGCUCCUCACUCACGGCGAUAGUGUGGAUAAAGUAGCCGAUGGAUUCAAGGUGGUGGCACAGUCUGGGAACAUUAUAGCAGGCAUAGCAAACGAGUCCAAAAAGCUGUAUGGAGCACAGUUCCACCCCGAGGUGAGCCUCACAGUGAACGGGAAGAUGAUCCUGAAGAAUUUUCUGUACGACAUUGCGGGCUGCAGCGGCACCUUCACGGUGGAGAACAGGGAGCUGCAGUGCAUCCAGGACAUCAAGGACAGAGUGGGCUCCUCCAAGGUCCUGGUGCUGCUCAGUGGCGGGGUGGACUCCACAGUGUGCACAGCCCUGCUGAACCGGGCCCUGAACCGCGAGCAGGUCAUCGCCGUGCACAUCGACAACGGCUUCAUGCGCAAGAGGGAGAGCCAGUCCGUGGAGGAGGCCCUCAAAAAGCUGGGCAUCCAAGUCAAAGUGGUGAAUGCAGCUCAUUCCUUCUAUAAUGGUACAACAACUCUGCCCAUCUCAGAUGAGGACAGAACUCCACGGAAGAGAAUUAGCAAGACCUUAAAUAUGACCACAAGUCCUGAGGAAAAAAGAAAAAUCAUUGGUGACACCUUUGUUAAGAUUGCCAACGAGGUUAUUGGAGAAAUGAACCUGAAACCCGAAGAGGUUUUUCUGGCCCAGGGCACCCUCAGACCUGACCUCAUUGAAAGCGCCUCCCUCGUGGCCAGUGGCAAAGCUGAGGUGAUCAAAACCCACCACAACGACACGGAGCUGAUCCGCAAGCUGCGGGAGGAGGGCAAAGUAAUAGAACCACUGAAAGACUUUCACAAAGAUGAAGUGAGAGUGCUGGGAAGAGAGCUUGGCCUUCCUGAAGAGCUGGUUUCCAGGCACCCCUUCCCAGGUCCUGGUCUGGCAAUCAGAGUGAUCUGUGCUGAAGAACCUUAUGUGUGCAAAGACUUCCCAGAGACAAACAACAUCCUGAAAAUAGUUGCGGAUUUUUCUGCGAGUGUGAAGAAGCCACACACUUUACUGCAAAGGGUCAAGGCGUGUACAAGUGAAGAAGACCAGGAGAAGCUGAUGCAGAUUACAAGCCUACAUUCACUGAAUGCCUUCUUGCUACCAAUCAAAACUGUGGGAGUGCAGGGUGACUGUCGCUCCUACAGCUACGUCUGUGGCAUCUCCAGCAAAGAUGCUCCACACUGGGAGUCCCUGAUGUUUCUUGCCAGGCUCAUCCCACGCAUGUGCCACAACAUAAACAGAGUUGUGUAUGUGUUUGGCCCCCCGGUCAAAGAGCCCCCCACAGAUGUCACCCCCACUUUCCUGACCACAGGAGUCCUCAGCACUUUACGUCAAGCUGACUUUGAGGCUCACAACAUUCUCAGGGAGUCUGGUUACGCCGGAAAAAUCAGCCAGAUGCCGAUAAUCCUGACCCCGCUGCACUUCGACCGGGACCCCCUGCAGAAGCAGCCCUCCUGCCAGAGGUCUGUGGUCAUCAGGCCCUUCAUCACCAGUGACUUCAUGACUGGCAUCGCAGCCACCCCUGGCAACGAGGUCCCAGAGGAGGUUGUGUUGAAAAUGGUGGCAGAGAUCAAGAAGAUUCCUGGCAUUUCUCGGGUGAUGUAUGACUUGACAUCAAAGCCACCAGGAACUACGGAGUGGGAGUAAUUAACUCUUUUUCUAUCCAAGUACUGUGUGCAGUCUAAACCAUAUCAGAAACCAUUCCCAGUGUUGACAUGCAGUACUGUGAAAGAGUGACUGGAGCUGCUACAUCGCAUCAGAUUCCUCUCCUGGAGCAUAAUCCUGCAGUUCAGAGCUGUGCUGGGGAUGAUCCCGCCGCGGGGUGAGGAUUGUACGGGUAAAGAACCGUGGCAGCACUGCCGGGCACACACAGGUCCCUCCUGCUUCUGCCUUUGUCUUACAGUUCUCCCCGUUCUCAUGGGUUUUACUGUCAUUUCCGUGUCUCUUUGUUUUUUGUACACUGUGUAAAAAGAGACAGUUUAUUUACUUCUACCAAAAGCAUUGUUCCAGCCUAAACGUGUAAAAGGAAUCCUUUGUGACCAACUGCUUUCGGACGGAUUUAUUAUAAAUAAAUAUUUUGCCAAAUGGAGUAGUGGGCACUGUCGA